GAUAGAGUUCGCCAUAGCUGAGGAUGCAGAGAUUGCCGUUACUGCUUUUACUCCUUCUCUCCUUUACUCCUCAUUUAUCUUUCUUUACUCCACCUCCCAACAUUCAAGAUGACCUAUGGGCUUCAUAGCUCGCCCUCUUUUGAUUCAUGUAUAAAUAACCCUUCUUGCAGAAGUGAGUUUCACACCUCCUGAUAUCAGAGAAAUCUGUGUCUUUUCAUUUUCGUUUAUUACCAUGGCUCUUCUCAACGUCUUGCUCUCCGACAUGAGACCCGGCCGAUGCUCCGCCACGGUGGAGAUCCGACUCCUCCGAUUCUGGGAAGCUCGGAAUGUGAGGAAAGGAGGCGAGCUGAUGAGUGUGGACAUGCUGUUCAUCGAUGCUGAUUCGACGGUUACCCAAGGCACCGUCGCUGCUACUCGCCAGCUCAGGUUCCGGGAUCGCCUCACUGAAGGCUCCGUGUAUACUUUGAGUGGGUUUGACGUUGUGCGCAGCAGCUCCAACUUCCGUUUAUGUGAUGCUCCUCUGAUGAUACGGUUCAACGACGGCACAAGCUUUGACAAGAAAUUUAACCCUGAAAGACCCAUACCAACUGAGCAUUUCCGGUUCAUGCCGUACAGUCGUCUGCUUGAACUUGCAAACACAGGGACACAGCUUCCUGACAUAAUUGGGGAGGUUAAUGCUAUCAGGAGCACGAUAACUGACCGCAUACCAGGGGCGCAGCGUGUCAUGCUUACUUUGCGUCUUGAAAGUGGUGAAAACGUUUGUGUCAGUAUGUUUGACUCUAUGGCGCUUCGGUUUCACACCAAGUUUGACAGCUAUGAGAAAGAGCCAAGAGUUGUCAUAGCCACAAGCAUCAAUCCAAAGAUUGUUGGUGGCCGUAUGUUUUUGAAUGCUACUUCCGGAACCCACCUCUACUUUGACUGUGACACAGCUGCCAGCAAAGAAGUGUUUGACACCUUGACAGGUGAAGGAACAGACGGUGAUUCAGGGUCAUCCAAAGUUGUACAUGCCCAGAAGAUUGAACCCGUGACUGUCUCGGAGCUUAACAAGUUUAUCAUCUCAGCAGAACCUCAGACCAUUGAGUUCCUAUGCACGGCUAAGGUGACUGGUAUCCAGACAGAAGAGGGAUGGUGCUACAUUGGCUGUGCAACGUGUUCCAAAAAACUAAUCCGUGAAACUGCGUCCUUCACAUGUGCUCACUGCAAUGAGGCCAACGCUGUGGCCGCACUCAGGUACCGUGUGACCCUGACUGUGUCAGAUGAGAGUGAUACGGCGUCUUUCCUCGGUUUUGACAUGGAGAUUGCGAAACUUACAUGCCUUCAGGCUUCUGAGGCUGCACAAAUUGUGGGUGUAGGUCAUGAUGCUCAAGUCGACACUGACAUACCACUUUCUCUUGCUGGUGUUGUUGGGAAAACAUACACUUUCCAACUGAAGUUGAACGAUUUCAAUUUCUCCUCCAAACACCAGACCUUUACCAUUUCCAGGAUCUUUCCUGAGCGUGCAUUAGCACCCACACCAACAUUCGCUGGACAUGAUGGUGGUCAGACCGCAGAAAUGACUAAUCCUGGAGUUGUUCCUCAAGCAACUGAUGGGGAGUUGGGAAACCCUCACAUUGGAGGAAAUAAGGCGUCAACCUCCGCUAAUACAAGUGAUAAGCGUCCACAGCAGGGGGAAGCCGAUUCGGAUGUUGAUGAAAAUGGGAGAAAGAAGGCUCACGUGGGAUGA